UGUUGCUCUUGAACGCAGCUUGUCUCUGUUAUCAAACGCUGCAGACUUCCUCCACAGCAGGGAAACACGGACAGGGCAGUCAGCCAGAAUGACCAGCCUCCAGAUGAGCGCCAAGGAGGAGAUGGUGGAGAAGUUUCUGGAUGCUGCAGCCCGAGGAGACCUGACCCAGGUGUCCUCCAUGCUGACCCACGCCCCCUCGCUCAUCAACCAGAAGGGCUACAGCGGCUGGACGGCGCUGAUGCUCGCAGCUCGAAACGGACACUACAGCGUGGUGGAGAGGCUGCUGUCGUUGGGAUGUGAUAAAUUCUCGGUAAACAGCUCGUCUCAGACCGCCUACGAUAUCUCAAAGUUCUGGGGCCACAGAAACAUCUCAAACCUGCUGGGUCGCACAGACGACGGCUGUCAGAGAGUCCUGCCGGACUCUGACCUCCACCAGCAGGAAAACUUCUUCAGCAGAGAGAUGUUGGACCGUCUGAGUGCAAAGAGAACCGAUAGAGUCUGGUUAGAGGCCAAACAGAGCGCUGCAGACACCGUCUACCUCCUUUUCUCUGACCUCAGCCCCAUGGUGAGCAGCUCCAAGAACAGCGACAGUGAAGAGGGUGAGGCCAGGCUCUGCCGGUUCAGCUACGAGGCCGUUAAAGAUCUCCUCCUCAAACCAGAGACAGUAGUCAUCUUUCUAGGAGUGGAGAGGAGGAAGAGAUCGCCAUCUUCCUCUUCCUCCUCUCCCUCUGAGACAGACGAUGCCAUCUGGGAGCCUCCUGCCUGGUUCGCCAUCAACACACGUGAGGACGCCGCUGAACUUCUGAAACGCUGCCGAGAGGGGAACUGCUCUUUCCCAAAGUUACUCCACAGAGACCUGCUGAAACUCAGAGAGGACGAGGCAGGAGUCGUGGCUCAGGCUCGGUCGGUGUUGGCCUGGCACAACCGCUACAGUUUCUGCCCGACAUGUGGCAGCAGCACCGACAUGGAGGAGGGAGGAUACAAGAGACGCUGCCUGAACAUCGACUGCAGGAGCCUGAAAGGGGUUCACAACACCUGCUAUCCUCGAGUCGAUCCUGUGGUCAUCAUGCUGGUGAUCCAUCCUGAUGGAAACCAGUGUUUACUGGGAAGAAAGAAGAUCUUUCCUGCUGGUCUCUUCUCCUGUCUGGCUGGCUUCGUAGAGCCUGGUGAGUCGAUGGAGGAGGCAGUGAGGAGGGAGGUGGAGGAGGAGAGCGGCGUGAAAGUCGGACCGGUCUCCUAUGUCUCCUGCCAGCCGUGGCCGAUGCCGUCCACUCUCAUGAUUGGCUGCCUCGCCGUUGCCAUAUCGACUGACGUCAAAGUGGACGAGAGCGAGAUCGAGGAUGCCAGGUGGUUCACACGGCAACAGGUGGUUGAAUCUUUGCUCAAAGGUUCCCGUCCGGCGCUCAUCAUCCCGCCCCGACAGACGAUCGCACAUCAGCUGAUCAGAUACUGGAUCGGUAUGAACUCUAACCUCUAACCUGGACUACGGACAGACGGGUCUGAUCUAACUACAGUUCUGGACUGAUACUGGUUUAACUGGUUAACUGGGACAAAUCAGCUGACUGUGAAAGAAUCAGCUGAUUUUACACAAUGCAGUUUUAUUCUGGUUUUUAUGACUCCACAUGGUUUGUAUUCUGAGAUCUGUUCUUCAUCUUACAUUUGAAGGCUAAAAUGACGUGUGCCACAGAAGCUGAUGGUAAUAAACAUGUUCAGGAAACUUC